AACUAGUACUUCAAAACGCCGAGUAUAAAUUAACACUCAUGAAACUUCACGAAUAGAUUCAUACAACUAUUAGAUAAACUGCUUAACUGACUAGUCUUCGUAACAUAACAAAUUAAAGUAAUUAAGGAAAAUUGAUUUUUUUUAUACUACACUAUUUAAUUUAAUUUGUUCAUUAAAUAUUAUUAUCUGUCUGAAUUUUUUAAAAUUAUUUAAAUACAAUUGAAUUUCAACAUGUUUCUCAGAUCUUCACAUAGUAUUACACGAUCAUUAACAAUGUGUGCACAACGCUACUCAUCUACGUGGCCUACUAAAUCUUAUGUGAACGGUGAAUGGUAUGAUGCAAAAUCUGGGAAAACUUUUGAUGUCAUCAAUCCAGCUACCGGAAAAAUUAUUGCUACUGUACCAGAUUUAGAUGCUUCUGAUGUGCAAGUAGCCAUAAAUAGUGCAAAUGACGCAUUUAAGACAUGGAAAAAGACGACAGCUAAAGAAAGAAGUGAUUUGUUAAGAAACUGGUAUAAUAUUUUAGUUAAAAAUAAAGAAUAUUUAGCAGAUGUUGUAACAUCAGAGGCUGGUAAACCAUUACCAGAAUCUUUGGGUGAAGUAGCUUAUGGAAAUUCAUUUGUUGAAUGGUUUUCGGAAGAAGCACGCCGAACUUAUGGUGAAUAUGUUCCUAGUCCAAUUAAAACCAAAGAAAUUUUAAUGAUUCGUCAACCACUAGGACCUGUUGGUCUUAUUACACCAUGGAAUUUUCCGAUAGCUAUGAUAACUAGAAAAGCUGGAGCAGCUUUAGCAGCAGGAUGUACAUGUGUCAUAAAACCAGCUGAAAAUACUCCAAUUACAGCAUUAGUAUUAGCAAAGUUUGCAGAAGAAGCUGGAAUUCCUAAAGGAGUGAUUAACAUUGUAACUGCAUCCAGGGAAAAUACACCUGAAGUUGGUAAGCUGUUAUGUGAAAGUCCAGAUAUUUAUGGUAUAUCAUUCACUGGAUCUACAGAGGUUGGAAAAUUACUAUACAAACAAUGUAGUAGUACAGUAAAACGUGUUGGUUUAGAACUGGGUGGAAAUGCACCAUUUAUAGUAUUCAACGAAGCAGAUAUUGACAAAGCAGUGGCAGGAGCAAUGGCUUCAAAGUUCAGAAAUUGUGGACAAACAUGUGUAAGUGCGAACCGAUUUAUUAUUCAAAAAAAAGUAUUUGCUGAAUUUGUUGAUAAAUUAAAAACUGCUAUGAGUAAAUUAGUAAUAGGCAAUGGUAAAGAUGGAAGUGUGAAUAUGGGACCAUUGAUAAAUCUUGCUCAGGUAGAAAAAGUUGAAAGAAUAAUAAAUGACGCUAAAAAUAAAGGAGCAAAUAUCAUAACUGGUGGUAAGAGGGCAUUAAGUGUAGGUGAACGAUUUUAUGAACCAACAUUAAUCACAAAUGUAACUGAAGACAUGGCCUGUUACAUAGAAGAGAUUUUUGGACCAGUUGCUGUAUGUAUAGAAUUUGAUACAGAAGAAGAAGGAUUGAAAAUUGCAAAUAGUACAAAUCGAGGGUUGGCUGGAUAUUUUUAUUCAAGAGAUAUAUCUCAAAUUUGGAGAGUAUCUAAAGAGCUAGAAGUUGGAAUGGUUGGUGUCAAUGAAGGAAUAAUAUCAUCUACAGAAGCAGCAUUUGGUGGCAUUAAAGAAUCUGGACUAGGAAGAGAAGGCUCUCAUCAUGGUAUGGAUGAAUAUACAGAAAUAAAAUAUAUUUGUUUUGGAAAUAUUGAAUUUUGAUUUUUUUAUUUUUAUUAUAAUUGAAAAUAA